CUAAGGCUAUUGUUCAUUUUAUUUUUGUUGGCUGCUGUAGUUAUGACUUUUAUAAUUGUAUCUAAGAUGUUUUGUGGCAUCUAGUGUUCUGUUAUUAUUCUCCAUCAGGGCAUUUCUGCUUGCUAACUGAACAACAGGUGUAGCUGACAUUUGCUAGCUAGUUAGCUACCUGCUGACGUACCUUACUACAGGUUCUACAGGUUUUAGAGAACUUUCCCUUGAUGUGAACUGAAGAUAGUGAACUGAAGAACUGCUCCCCAACAUGUCACAUACACAAGCACACAGUUACACACUGAUUACAAAGUGUGCGUGCAUGGUCUUCACACUACUCUUUGCCUUUGGACAUGCAGAAGACAUCACUAAAGAUGGAACACAGAACCGUUCUCUGGUAUCCAUCCACCACCUUGCCAGUUUACCUACUCUCCGGGAUAUCGUAGUAAAAGAGGGAGCCAGCACUCUGAUUGAGUGCAAUGUCACUGGAAUGCCAGAUGACAUUCAGUGGUACAAUUCCAAAGGGCACGUUCUGAAUGCGGAAGAGGGAGGUGGGAAAUGGCUUAUUCAGGACAUGGGUGUUUUAAAUAUUACAGCGGUCAGUUUUGAAGACCGAGGCCGGUACACCUGCAUAUCCUCCAGCUCGGCAGGGACCUCCAACUACACCAUCACCUUACGGGUGGCCUACGUCCACAGCGGCCUGGGCCUGUACUACGUCAUCGUGUGUCUCAUCGCCUUCACCAUCACCAUGAUCCUCAAUGUUACGCGCCUCUGCAUGGUCAGCAGUCAUCUGAAGAAGACGGAGAAGGCCAUCAACGAGUUCUUCCGCACCGAGGGAGCUGAGAAGCUCCAGAAGGCCUACGAGAUUGCCAAGCGCAUCCCCAUCAUCACCUCAGCCAAGACUAUGGAGUGGGCCAAGGUCACCCAGCUCAAGACCAUGGAGUUUGCCCGCCACAUGGAAGAGCUGGCCCGCAGCGUGCCACUUCCCCAGACCAUCCUCAGUUGCAGGGCCUUUGUGGAGGAGAUUAUGGAGACGGUGCACACCUCGGUGGGGGCGACAAGCCUCCAGAAAGCUAUAGAGCCAGCCAACCCAGAGGGGAGAGGUCAAACCUGUGAGGUCCAGAUGUCAGCGGAGCAGCAGGGCCCAGCAGCACACUGCAGAGAGGAUGGUGAUGGUGUUGAUGGUACCAUUGAAAACAGCCUGGACAUUGAAGUGUCUGUCCACCCUAUGUCCAAGUGUGAGAAUGAGAAGUGGGCUGAAGGGGAUGAGGUGUCUGUACCCAUGCUGGGUCCAUGCUCCAGUGGGAGUGUGGCUUAUGAAAGUCGCAUUUAGUCGUGCCAGUCAGGUCUUUACAACUAAUAUUUUCCAGUUAGUUGAGAGGUCAAAAUCAAAGGGCUGCUCAGAUGGCAACCACAGAUGGUGGGAGUUGAGAAGUAUAGUGUGCUACUGCCUCUAUUUCAUAGAGAAAAUACAAUGGAUGAAACCGAAAAAUGUUUCAGAUAUGAGAUAGGCCUUGUGGUUACUUCCCUACCUGAUAGCAGUGGUAUUUGAUAACUAUGGUGGGAAGUGAUGAGAGGAUUGUUCGGUUUUUGACAUCUUUAUUUACUUCACUACUUGCCUCAGUUUAAAGGAAGGCUUGAUUUGGUUGUAUCUUAACAAAUUAUAAAAAAGAAGAAACCUGCACACUGCUCUUGCUAGUGUCACUGCUCUUUAUUAAGCUUUACGUAUCGGCCUUCAAAAAGCUCUGACGAAGGCCUUGAGGCCCAUAUGUAAAGCUUAAUAAAGAGCAGUGAUACUCAUUUUUUAAAUUUAUUUAACCUUUAUUUAACCAGGAAGGGCUCAUUGAGAUUUAAAAUCUAUUUUUCAAGAGCGUCCUGGCCAAGAUAGGCAGCACCAAGUCAUUACAAAAAUUACAGACAGACACAUGAAAAACUACAAGUAAUCUAGUAAAAACCAUUGAAUUCACAAGAGUAUAACAAAAUCAAAGACAGAAAAUUAAAAACAUUGACAGGUCAGGGAAUCAGCCUCAAAAUCCUUCAUCAGUGAUUUAAAAACACCAAUCGGGACAAGUUCUUCUAGUUUAAAAUUAUUUUGUAAGGUGUUCCAAGACGAUGGCGCAGAGUACAUAAAAGCCCUUUUACCAAAUUCAGUUCGGACAUUUGGAACAGUUAGCAGGAUAAAGUCCAGCGAACGAAGAGAGUACCCACCACAUUUCUGAACAGUAAAAAUGCCCAAAUAAAAAGGUAGUAAACCCAAAAUGGCUUUGUAAAUAAAAGUAUACCAGUGACUGAGCCUACGAGUGACUAGAGAAGGCCAGCCAACCCUGGUAUACAAAGUGCAGUUGUGCGUAAGGGUUUUGCAGUUUAAAAUAAAUCUCAAUGCUUCAUGGUAAAGAGUGUCAAUUGAUCUCAAACACUGAGCGGAAGCAUUCAUAUAUAAAAUAUCCCCAUAGUCUAGAAAAGGCAUAAAUGUAGCUGAUACUAGCCUCCUUCUGGCUUCAAAAGAAAAACAGGCCUUAUUCCUAAAAUAAAAUCCCAAUUUCAGCUUCAAUUAUUUCAAACUAAUGAGUAGGGUUUCUUCUUUUUUCUCGUCUUAUUUAACCAUGCACCUGCAAAAGAGAUGGCUCAGAUGUGCGAGUGCCUUUUUGAAUUUUGUAUCGUAAACAAAUAACAUGUUAUUUUUAAAAUCACUUGGAAUAUGGGUUGCACAAGGCAAUCUAGCAAAUGUAGUACAAUUUUACUCAGGGUAAUGGGUGUAAUCAGUGGUAUAAAGUACUUAAGUAAAAAAUACUUAAGUACUACUUAAGUAGUUUUUUGGGGUAUCUGUACUUUACUAUUUAUACUUUUGACAACUUUUACUUCACUACAUUCCGAAAGAAUAUUAUGUACUUUUUACUCCAUAUGUUUUCCCUGACACCCAAAAGUACUCGUUACAUUUUGAAUGCUUAGCAGGACAGGAAAAUUGUGUAAUUCACACACUUAUCAAGAGAGCAUACUUGGUCAUCCCUACUGUCUCUGAUCUGGCGGACUCACAAAACACAUGCUUCGUUUGUAAAUUAUGUCUGGGUGUUGGUGCGUGCUCCUAGCUAUCCGUACAUUUUAAAAAACAAGGAAAUGGUGCCAUCUGGUUAACUUAAUAUAAGGAAUUUGAAAUGACUCAUACUUUUACUUUUUAUACUCAAGUAUAUAUUAGCAAUAACAUUUACUUUUGAUACUUAAGUAUAUUUAAAACAAAAUAUUUUUAGACUUUUAUUCAAGAAGGAUUUGACUGGGUGACUCACUUUUACUUGAGUCUUUCUAAUAAGGUAUCAUUUACUCAAGUAUGACAAUUGGGUACUUUUUCCACCACUUGGUGUAAUUCUACUAUCUUUCCAGUUGGUGGGGGUGUUGCACAAUUUUUACAGAGCCAACUGUUUGGUCUCUGAGGUAGAACAAGAAAAAUACUUAUUUGACAGUUUUAAAGGUUAUAUUGGAUAACCAUAGGGCCAGUUGAUACUAAGGUUGAAUAAACAUCUUAUCUCUCAUGAGUCACACCUAAUGGCAUGUGAUCUACAUACAUGAUUCCUACUUGUCUAACUGUAAAACAUGUUUUUAUUCUAGAAAUGACUAUACAUUAUUAAAAUUAAAUUUGAAUAUAUUCAGGUUAAAUGGCAGUCAGACUGUAAUUUACUUGGCUUCAGUGAGGUAAACAGUGAUCACUAUGGGGACAAACUUGUACAGGGACAGACACAAUGUGAUGCUCUUCCUUCCUCUUCUUUCUUCAGUGUGUGUUUGAGGGCUGAUUCAUAGAAUUUUACCAAAGAUGGGUAAUCUGCUAAUGACUUAAUUCCUUCAUCAGCCUCAAGUAUAGAACAAAUUAUGAGUUGGCUGAAUGAGUAGUGCUUCUCUGGCACUCUUGUAUUACUGAAGGACAAUUUCUCACUGCUGUUUGUCCAAAGGUGUGUGCUUGUGUGUUUUGGGGUGUGUGUUUGCGUGUUUACCUACAUUGGCCCAGUCCAAAACAAUUGAUUAUUAUCGGGGUGAAAACAUUGGGUGCCAACUCAUUAUAACCUGCUUUUUAAUGUUUGGAAUUGUAGACCUUGAAGUCUAACUUGCAGAGCUCACAAAUUAAGUGUUUUAAAAUAGUAAUAAAUAUGUCUAAAAACA